CCGAGGUCACUUCAGUUUCCCAUUCGAGCUUGAUAAGUUUCUUUAACAUUUCACAAAUAAAAUGGUGAUAUGAACUGGUAUAUCUUUUUUUCCUUUGCGUUCGCGGCCUGUUCAGCCGCUGGCGUGUCCUGUGAGUAUUUCCAGCUACAUGAAGGGUUUGAGUACGUGUAUAAGGAAGAAGUUGAAUGUCACCUGCGGAGUGCUGGAACUAUACAGGUCAAAGCAAAGGUGAGCUUCACUCCUAUCAGGAAAACUGGUAGGAAAUUGGAGAUAUCACAGGCAGUGUAUCGAGUCUUCCUCAAGGACAAGGCAUCGGGACAGACAAGCAAUGCCGAUUCCCUUGACUUCAACAAGUGGUUUUCCUUCGUCAUCUCUCUUGAUCAUGGAGAUAUUGAGAAAGUCUACCACCCGCUCGAGGAAGACCCAAUGAUUCUUUCCAUGAAGAAAUCGUUUGCAGCCCUGGUAUUUGGCAAGCUCCAUUCCCAUGAUGAUCCUUCACUGACGGAUGUCAGCCACGACCCAAUCAGUGGCAAGUGGAACUACACCACUCAUGAGAAUGGCCACGAAGGACUUCACAGUGCUACCUACAUGGCCGAACCGACUGACCAAGGUGUCCGAUUUACCAAAACAAGGAAUGAGCAUCCUCAUCUAAAAGCGGCUGUCAACAAUUACACCAAGGUCCUGCAUUAUGAUUCGCAUCUUGGCCUGGUGUCUCGAGUCGAUGUGGACGAGUUCAUCGAAAUCGGAAAUGCACCAAAGGGCUUUGAUCCGUUUGAGAAUGACAGGCCUGCCAAUCCAAAUGACACGUACAUCAGAGCAGAAUUCCCAACGAUGGUUGCUUCCAGCACUGGCCAGGCUGCAUUGGUAUCAAGAAACCAACUUCAUGACGUGUUAGUGGUUAAACCAGUUGUUGGUCUAAUGGACGGGAUGAUUCAUGUCGAUACGGGUACAAAGAAUAUGGAACUACCAGUCAAAGACCCGGACUACGCCAACAAUGUCAGCGGCAACUUAACAUGUUUACGAAAAAUUGGAAAAUACGGUUCCACCGAGGGAAUAAACUGCUUUAGAAAGCUCGCUCGUGUUCUGAAGACUUUGCCCAAUGAGAACCUUAUCGCCAUCACUAAACACGUUUUCAACGCCAGCGCAUCUAUCUCGCCAAAUGCCGCAACUUCAGAAGAUAUCCUGCACAUGGUUGAUGCCUUGGUAGACGUCGGGACUGAUCUAUCCAUCAAGUUGUUGGUUGACUUUGCCUUCCAGUCGAACCCUGUGGUCUUGAAACGUAUGCUGGCUCACAUGCAUGACGUAAAUAUGCCGUCAUUCGAGCCUUUUGAUCACACUCUUGAGCGGUACUGUUUCUUCCCUGAAACGUUCCCUGUAAAGGUUCAGGACGAGGAAACCCACCACAGUGCUCUCUUGGCGCUAGGCAGCCUCGUCAACAAGCACAACAUUCAUGGACGGAGUGAGCACGCCAAUAGACUUGUCAGUGAACUUGAGAACAUGCUGGGUAUUCAUGAUGAUUAUGCCUACAACAAAAUCCGCUCUUCCCUAAGCGAGGACGAGGUUGGAUCAUUUGACAUGAAGCAUGCAGUGCUGCUCGAAAGUUUAGGCAACGCGGAAAUGAAUCGAUCGUAUGACCACAUCAUCUCAUACGUGAAUUCGACCCGACAUUCCUUCCUGAAGAGAUCAGCUCUCCAUGCACUGCGGUCAAUCCAACACGAUAACGCUGUAGCGUCACUGUUCAACGCCGCUACCAAAGAUGAUAGCAUGCUGAUAAGGCACGAGUCUGCCCUGAUACUGCAAAGGCACAGGCGAAAAUCUGACUUCCCAUUGGUCAGUCCACCUGGAUCAGAUGAAGGCAGUGUUAAAGUCACAGAAGGACCAAAGACGCUGGAAGACGCCCGUCGCCACAGAUAUAGGCGAAAUCUACAAGACAUCCUACAACAAGUCAAAAAUCUCUUCAAACCAAUCAAAUUCAACCUGAAGUCGCCCUCCAUAGAUUGGAGAAAGGUUCUUGGAAGUAUGAAACUCGGUGCUUCCUUUGGAACUACCAUCAGGAAUGAACUGGACUUGCACAUACGCCCCCUUGAAGGUAAUUUUAACGCGGACGCCUCCAACGAAGCAUAUACAACCAUUCAUCUCGGGAUUGUCGGAGUAAAUGUUGACCUCGUAAGGGCAAAAAUAUGUUUUUACGGGUCGGCAAAAUACAACCUGAAUAUCCUACAGGAAUUCAACUUCAACGACCUUCUAAAGCAGAUCAAAGACUUUUUCAAGAUUGUUGAUGAUAGUGUCGAUUUAGUCAAUGAUGGAAUAGAGUAUAUGCAUGAGCUGGUGAAUGGCGAGAUCAACAUCAAAGACAUAAUUGCAAAAUUCGCAGACGUCUUGGAGGAAAUGCCGAAAAAGAUGAUAGACAUUGGUCGCAAUGCACUUAAUGCAAUGGCAAUGGUUGGAUCAAUCGACGAGAGCGAGUUUCCACCCUUUCUUAGGCCAACAAGAAACGUCAUAGUUCGAAUCACCAACCUCUACACUGACAUUAAAAAUGACGUCAUGGACUUCUAUAAUGAAGUGACCAACGCAGUUAUGACAUUUAAACGAGCAUACAAGACCAUCUAUGAGAGUGUGGAAUCCGUUGUCGAAGCGAUGUCUCAGUUUUUGGAAUCUCCCAAGCAAGCCAUAUCGGCAGUUUUCAAGGGCGUCAUGAACAUAAAAACGGCGAUCACUGAUCUCCUCAAAGCAAAGAACGCCACAAUGGAAGCCUGCUUCUUCUUGAAAGAUGAGAAACCGUAUUGGUGGGAUCUGAAGACCCUGUACAUAGAGAUCAAGAAAGAAGUUACUGCCGCAAUAAAUGCACUCGUCAAGGGUGGGAAAUCCUGGACGAAAGACAUCAUCAAAAGCGAUGAUCCUAUUGCCAAACUGACAAAGUUGACCACGAAAAGGGUAAGAGAAAAGGUGCUCGCCGAGCUAAAAUCGGUGAUCGACAUCCUCGUGAGCCCACUUAAAUCAACGCUGGGAAACCUGGUAGAGCCUUUCCUAAAAGUUUAUAAUCGGUUGAUGGACAUCGUUCAACGGCUCAAAGAUUCCUAUGUACAACUCAAGACGGGAUAUGAGAAGGCCCUGAAGUUAAUCACCAGUUUAUUUGGAACACGGGCUCAUGCUCUUUUCCCACGGACUCAACGGGAAGCUUCAUCUGGGAAGUGCGGCAUAUCGGGAUUCUUCCCUUCCAACAUCGGCUACAAAUCUGGCAUGGGCAUCGACCUUCUUAUCCAUCCAGGCAAAAAUGUGGUAGCCCCUUUCGCUGGUUCGAUCAUGUUGACAGACAAUGCAAAUGAAGUUAAAAUCUCAACUCGUGGUGGGCUGUUCUCGAAAACGGAUAUUUUUCUGACGAAUGUCGAGCCAGAUUCAAGCAUCAGGAACCCAAAGGAUCGUGCUUACUCCCAAUUACAGGUGUAUGCUGGCCAAGUUAUUGGUGUCGCCACUUCAACCCCAUGUAGGACCGACCAGAACCACAUUCAUUUUGUUGUGAAAAAGAGAAAUGGAAAGAUCAUCGAUCCGACAAGGUUUAUCGAGCCAAGAAAGAUCCAUGUUCCGACAUGGAUUCAUGGAUGCAACGAUUACAAAUAUGUUUUUAUGGGAAAAGUACAAGCCAUUGGUUGGAAAGUUCCAAAAGGGGGCAUGGGUCAGAAGAAAGAUUUGAUGCCACCCCGUCCAGCAAAGCGAAAGGUGACCAUGAAGCCAAAAUCUACGACAAAACCAGUGGGGAAACCUUCCCCCAUCUUAAAGAAACUGAAAGCAGGGGAAGAGAACAGUACCGGUAAUGGAAAGGAGAAAAGUACCGGUAGGAAUAUCUUAAAUAGGUUAGGCCUUGGAGACAUUGGACAAUCUAUGAUGGACACAUUGAAGAAAUAUGACUUGAUGAAACUGCAGCUUGGCAAAAUCAUCACCUUCCUUUACUCGCUCGGGAUGAAGGAAAUUAUCAAGCAACUUGCUGUAGUCAUCAAGCGGAUUAAGGAUCUCAUUGAUUCAAAGCCUUGCUUAAACCCCCACCAGUUAACCGUCGAUCAACUGCGUACUGAGCUGACUGAUAGGAUGCUGCCCACCAAUGGGUCAAGAGAGCAGAUGGCAAAAAGGUUACUUAGUUCAGAGCCAAAAUGCCCUCUGAUCCAACUGAAAAUGCCCAAACAGAUCUAUUGCGUGUUUGAUGAGAACUGCUUAGCUGUCCAAUGCUGUAUGAACCUCAAGAUCACGAUGUUUAACAAAGCAGUCAGAGCAUACGCCCGUCUAGAUCCUUGCGAUUUCAAGUUUGUCAUCGGAGUGGACAGCUGGAGUUAUGAGUUUCAAGUAAAGGAUAUCUACCUCAAUAUAGAGAAGUCCUUCAGCACAGGAAUCAAAUUUGGUUUGUUUGACAUGAAACUUGAAAUCAUCAUAAGCUAUAAACUAGAGAAGACCGAAAAUGCUGCCUUGGUAUCAUUCAGCAUAACGGCGUGUUCACAGGAUGACCACACAUCUUGUAUUGUUAAUUUAAAACUCUUGGAUGAAGCUGUUCUUCCCAUACCCGUCUGUAAUCCUGAUGGAACAAUGACCUGGCCUGACGUUGACUGGUCUGAGUUUUUCAGCGUGGACGCAAUAAAGAAUCGGCUAAAGGAGACCGGGAAAAGAGUACUAAAGGAUGCCGUCGUUUCUGUGGCUAAGGAUGUAUUGAAUGACCUUGGGAUACCAGAGAGUCUCCUUACCCCCAAUGGACCCUGCACAAGACCAUGGACUAUGAAGGUGUCAAACAUAAAGAAGGCUCUGCAUGAGCGGGGGUUGGCAGUGAAUGGGUCUAGGGCUGAUAUGAACAACCGAUUAAACAAGGAUGACUUAAGUUGUAAGGUUGGAACAAAGACACUGUCCUUGCCAGAGAUUACAAACUCGAAACUAAAGAAGGUGCUCUACUACAGUAUAUCGUCAACCUGUACUAGAAUCGACGCAUGCGUAGAUUUCACCAUCAAAGCUAUGGAUUUUACAAAAUCAUUCAGAGCUUUCGUUGAUCUCGACUUUUGCAAAUAUAAGUUCAGCGUCGGCUUUGAAAAGUUCACACAGGAAGUAAUCGUGUUUGUCUUUCCUUGGGGUAAACCUCAGACUUUAAAGAUAAGUGACAACAUCUUCAUCAUGUACACCAUAGAUAAAGAUGACACCAAAAAAGCAUUCAUAGUCGAUCUGGGGAUCAAACUUUGUCUGGCACCUGACAACUGCCCUAUAGAUUUCGCUGUUCUUGAGAAACAAGAAAUCCCACAGCCUCUCUGUAAUGAGAAUUUCUCACUCGGUGCAUUCAACCCUGGUGAUGUAGGGAAGUUUCUGAAAGGACUCGGAGGAGAGAUCAACAAGGGGGCAUUCAAUUUCAUUCUAAAAAUGUUCAAACUCGAUACUGUUUUAAGCGAUGACUCGUGUAAGCUCCCCAGCACAUCGACACCCACAUGUCCGUGGCGUCUCAACCUUGACUGGCUUCCUCAGAAGGUCAAGAAUAAACUUACAUGCAAACUUUCGGACAACUGUUUCGGUGUAUCAUGCUGUCUUCACCUUCCUUUUAAACUGCCUCUCGUCACUAAAACAAUAGACAAGUACGUGGAAAUGGGCUUCGAGUUCGACCCCUGUGAAUUCACCAUCGAGGCUAAAUUCGGGUCAUUUGUCAGGAAGGAGACAUUGGGACAUUACAAUUGGGGUGAGGUAUCUACAAUAACAAUUGGUGAAGGCGAUCCAGCGCCGGUGUUGAUCAGAUUCUCAAUUGGUAAAAGUGGGAAGAACGCCAUCUUAAAUAUGAAGGUCACUGUUUGUCUUGAAAUCGAAGGGACGGCAGUCUGUAUCCCUGAUGCAAACGGGAUCGAGAUUUUCAAGGAUAAAUCUGUGCCUCUGUGCGAUGCAAACGCCAUGGCUGAGCUAGUAAAGAAUGCUAAAGAGUUAAGCCUGAAGGACUAUAUGAAAACCAAAGGUCUGGAGAUCGGGAAGGCAGUGGUUGGUGCAGGCAUUGACAUGUUCCUUGAACAGACUGGUAUUAGGGAAUACUUGAAGGAACCCAAAUGUGACAGCAGCAGUGAUUUCUACUCGCCAUCAGUCGACGGCUGGAAAAAUGAAUGCAAUCUUCGUCUCUUCAAACUGCCCAAACUCCCCAAUUUCGUCAAGUGUCAUUUCGACGAAGGCUGCACAUCCAUCGAAUGUUGUGUCGAUGUGAACUUCUAUGAGAUGUACACCCAUUCAUUCCAUUUCUUCAUGACUUUGGACACCUGUGACCUUGUCUUCAAGAUUGGAUUCGAGAAACUCGAUUUCAACUAUACCCUUCUCAAAUAUCAUUGGGGAAAGAUUGAAGAGUUCGAUAUCUUGAAGUUGUUCAAUAUAAAAUUUUCGAUCGGAAAGGACAACGACAAGAAGAUAUUCAUCCUGAAUGCCGAACUGUGCGUCUCAUUCAACAAGGAUGCUAACUGUGACUACAAUAUCAACUUCAUGGAGGAUACUGAGAUCCCACAACUGCAGUGCGAUAUUGUCCAGGGCAUAGCUAGUCUUCCUCCAGACAUUAACUCAAUGAAGAAGUACAUGGGGAAGCUUGGUUCGAAAGCCACAGGCAUGGCUCUCAAUAUACCGCUGAGAAUGCUCGGGCUGGGAUCAAUCAUCGGUGUUGAGGGACUCUGCCCUGAUUCUACAAAUCCAGUGAAGAAUCCGUGUCCCCUUGCAAAGGACAGAAACAUCUCCUUGCCGAUGUUGCCGGGUGGCAUAGUGUGUGCGAUCCAAUCUGACUGUCACGGUAUCGAGUGUUGUGCCAGCAUCGACCUCGGGUUUAUGCAGCGGAGCUUUAGGGCGUUCGCGACCAUCGAUCCAUUCAGUUACAAGCUGACAGUGGGCUUUGAGAAUUGGAACUACACCCGCUAUCUCUUCACGUAUGAGUGGGGCAAGGAGGAAAGUGUUGCCCUGGGUUCAUCAAUUAAUUUCAUAUUUUCAUUCGGGAAAACCAAGACGGACUUCCAGAUCAAUCUCCGGCUUGAAGCAAAAAUUGCUGAAUACGCACCACUCUCGAUUCAAAUCCUGCAAGAGUAUGAUUUCCCCAUACCUACAACGGGCGAGCCUUAUAGAUUUCCUUUUCCCUCCUGGAAAGAAUUCAAGAAGAAUAUUGGUGGACAAGCCGGCGAAUAUGCCUGGGAGGCUACAAAGAGGUUCCUUGGUCUCGAGGACGUUAUAGAUGGAAACCUGUGUUCAGUAGGCAACACGAACCCUGACAUCAACAAAGAACGCUGCCCAACCCUGAACAUGCCGAAGCUCCCGAGUGGAGUCCAGUGCACAUUUGAUGAAUUGUGCUUUGGUGUCACUUGCUGUGUUGAACUAGAUUUCAAGGUUGUUAAGAAAACCCUGAAAGCCUGGCUGAUAGUUGAUACCUUGGACAUGACCCUUUCUGCUGGAUUUGAGAAGAAACGCUACGACAAAACCGUUGACACCACAUUCUUUGGAGAGCGAACAACUUUGAAGAUAUCACAGUUUUUCCACCUGAUUUUCAAAGUGACAAAGAUAAACGAAACAAAGAUGCUUUCGAUCUACCUUGAUCUCCAGAUGAAACUUCACGAUGAGGUAGUGGAACUGCGCGCUCUGGAAGACUUCAAGAUCCCGCAGGUUAUAAAGAACGUGGAUUGGAGAGCGCCUUCCGCGAGUGAAUUAAAACGUUUCUUGGGCGGUUCGAUUACGAGUAUUGUCAUGAAACGAUUGGAUCUGACUCUGGACUUCUUCGAUAACAAACCUUGUCCGCUCCCAUCUUCUCCACCUUCAAGCAAUGCCUGCAAUAUCCCACUUCCAAAAUCGCUUUCGAACAAUGUCCGCGUCAUCAUCAACCCAAACUGCCUUGGCAUCCAGGCGUGCAUCAAAUUUAAGAUUUUGUCCCUGGAAUAUAACUUCAAAGCCUAUGCGGAGGUCGAUCCCAAGACUUUUGAGUUCAGAAUUGGUGUGGAAAAGUUAGUGAUGAAGAAAUUUAUAUUCGAAAACUUUGGAAAAGAAAACACAUUUUUCGUCAGAAAUGCCCUCGGAGUGACAUAUAAACUUGAGACGAACGACAAAGGCCAGCUGGUCACAACCGUCGGUAUCCGCAUAUGCCUCGACCACCACUGCUCACCUCAAGUUCAGCUACUGGAUAAAGCACCUCUACCAAUGCCUUACGUUGAUGAUGGUGGGACUCUCGUUUGGCCAUCGACUGAUCCAGCACAGAUGAAGAACUGGUUAUACAACAAGGCAUUGGAGACGAGCAAGGACCUAUUGGGGGUUGGAAAGAACUUCUUUAGGGACAAGGCGUGCACUAUCCCGACGGGGGCAACAUGUCCCUACUUCAGUCUUCCAAACCUGCCAAGCUUCGCAAGAUGCAAGUUAAGUAGAUACUGCACUGGUAUUGAAUGUUGCCUUGAUGUUCAGAUGAGGAUAGCAAAGUGGUCGUUCAAGUCUUGGGCUCUCCUGGAUCCAUGCAAGUUCGUCUUCUCGUUCGGGUUUGAGAAGUGGAUGUUCAAUGACACACUCUUUGAUUACAAUUGGGGUCAGUCAGAGAAGAAGAACAUUGCCGAUACCAUCAACAUGGAAUACACAAUCAGCCUAGUCGAAAAUAGAUACUUUCAACUUAGCGUCAAGUUUUCCAUCAAACUGGACAAGUUUUCCAUCAGCAUACCACCGAUUGUGCUCUUCGAUAAAGCCAAGAUACCAAUCCCCAUCUGCAGCCAGACGACAGGAACAUCGCCUCGUGUUACCUGGCAGGAUCCUCGCCAGUUCUUCAAACAGGCCAGUGCAAUAGUCUUAAGCAGAAUUGGAGUUGACACCAGGCUCCUGGAGCAGUCAAGCUGCACACCUUUUGCCAUCGACAACAACAAGCUUUGCCCACAGUUUACCCUGCCAAAGAAACUGCCCUCUGGUCUCUCACUGCACGUGAUGGACACGUGCACCGGGAUCGAAGCCUGCCUUGCACUAGAUCUAAAGGUUGUCAAGAGGUCAUUCAAAGCAUGGAUUGUGAUCGAUCCAUGCAAGUUCACCUUCUCCCUCGGAUUUGAGAAAUGGGUGAUGAAGAAGACAUUGUCCUUAAGUUUGUGGGGUCACGAAUUCCUGGAGAAAAUCGGAAGUGCCAUCACCUUGAAGUACACUGUAGACAAGACUGUAGACAACCGUGACAUCAUCUUCACACUGAAGGUUGUCCUCUGCCUCGAUGGCAAGUGUCUGCCUGAUAUCGUGGUCAUCGACAAAGCCAUGAUGCCAAUACCUUUCUGUGGCAAAGAUGGAUCUUUCCAAUGGCUUUCGUCUGAUCCGAUAGAAAUCAAUGGGAUAUUGCGUAAAGUAGCAAGUUCGCUACUGUUAAACAGACUGGGAGUGGAACAGCAUACACUAUUUGGAACCGAGUUCAAUCUGCCCGCAAUUUCAACAGUCGUGUGCCCUUACAUCAGGCUUCCUGCGCUCCCACUGAACAUCAAGUGCCAACCAUCACAACAAUGCACUGGUAUCAUUUGUAGUGCCUCAUUGGAUUUAAAGGCCGUCAAGAGAAACUUCAAGGUUUGGGCGAUCUUAGAUCCAUGUGAAUUCAGCCUAUCCAUCGGCUUUGAGAGGGUACAUUACAACAGAUCGCUAACUGGUUACACAUUUGGCACGCAGCAGAAGAUGAAGAUAGGCCAUAUCACUAUAAUAUACACCAUCGACGUCUCAAACAACAAGAAGGAAUUCAUCUUUGACCUCGACCUUCAACUUUGCCUGGACAGUGCAUGCGUGACCAUGGGGAUACUUAAGCAGAACACCAUGCCAAUUCCUUUCUGUGAAGGUUUACCUGGGAACUUUAGCAUCUCGUGGCCAAGCGCCCAAAACUAUGGAUCCUUGAUGUACAAUAUCCUUGGUGUUGGGCUGGACUUCUUCAAACCAAAACCUUGCGUUGUUCAGAGACAUUCUAGGUCUUGUGCGAGUCCUUACUUGUACCUACCCAUCUUUACUCAAAACCACUGCGAACUUCGGCCUGACUGCCUUGGAAUCCAGUGUUGUUUCGAACUCGACCUCCACAUCAGCAAGCUUCAGAUUACGUUCUUCUUCUACAUUAACCAAUGCAAGAAGGAACUCCACUUCGGGCUUGAAAAUAAGGAGUACACAGUAACUCUGGAUGAACAUAUUUAUGCCGAAAGCCAGGUGCAAGCAAUCGGGAACAUGUUUACUGUAAAGUACACACUCCGCGACACUGGGUACACAUUUAAGGCAAACCUUGAAUUGGACUGGUGUUGGAAGGACCCGUUUACCAAUAACAAGACUUGUAGUAAGAUAGAAUUCCUCAAGGAGGCCACCUUUAAACAGGUCGAUUGUCCUUCGAGGAAACGAAGAAGUUUGGAAAACAACGUCGACAGAACCAAGCGUGGAUUGCUGACCAAAGGCGGCCCUAGACCUGGCGACGACAUCUGGGCAAUCACAAAGGCACUGAGCAAUCAAGGAAAGAGUCCCAAAGAAAUAAAAGCAUAUUUUGACAACCUUAAGAAGCAACAGAAGAAGGUUGGUCUAACCCGAAAAGAGGCGAAGGGGAAUGGCCAGCGCGAACAGAAGGCAGCCAUGGCUGGACAAGGCGUUGGAAGCUUCAUGAGCGGAAAUAGAGGCAGUGGCGGAGACUUGAAAAUCGAAGGGGCUGAAGACAUCAAGGAAAUGUUGGGCACAGUAAAAGAUAUUGCAGGUCAUUCUAAGGACUUGUUCACACCAGGAAAGGGAUUAAAUAAGGCAGGAGUUGAUCUGCUUGGAGCUCAGUUAGCUGGGAUGACAAUCGGGGAAAUCACAGCAAUGAUCGACUCUCAGAAUCUGGAUCCCGUGAUUGUGCUACAGCUACUCAAUGAUAUCAAACAACUAUUUGUGGCGGUGUAUGAUGAUCUAAUUGACACAUUUCUGUCUGGAAACUCGAAGGAAAUGAAUCUUCCUGACCUGACACUGAAGAUGGCAUUCAGCAUCCCAAAAAAGUAUCACACAUUCUACAAAUUUUCGCAAAGCUGGAUUGUGGGUGGGAUAGUGCCUCUCACCUUUAGUUUCAAGGUAGACGGUUUCGCUGGCCUGGAUGUAGAAAUUGGGGCUAAAGUCCUGCAGAUGAAGGUUUUUGCUAGUAGUACUCCAUACAUGGGUGUCGAGGCUUUUGGCGAAGUAGCGGUUGGCUUUCUUUUAUAUGGAAAGCUGCGGAUUGAAGGCACCAUCUGUGAACUGAGGUUUCCCUGCAAAGCUGAAAUCGCCUUCUCGAAAUUUCCAUUGGACGUUCGCCUCAAGAUGGAUAUGGUUCUCGUGCCUUUGAUUAUCCGUAUGAAAGCUUUAGUCACAUUAGAAGUCAAUCUCCUCUUUGUUACCAUCAAGACGACACUGUUCCAGGUGACCCUUUUUGAGUACCAGGCCCCCAGCAUAAAAAAAACGAUAUUUGACAUAAUCACAGCGGAGGAGGAUGACAGUCCGCCGAAGUUUGACAGCUAUGAAGAAGAACUUGGGGAAGCACGAAAGCGAUCUACCACGAGAACUACGUGUUCCGUCCACCAGGUAGCCAACAGGGACUACACCAGCCCAGCCAUUGAGAUAUCAGUGAAGGCAACAGAUGACAGGUCUCAGGUGAAACUGUUCCUAAAUGCGGGUCUCUUCCCUGGUACUUCUGAGUUCUACAAUGGAAAAGAAUUGUCUGGUCAGACGAAUAUGUUAACAGAUGUACUUCCAGCCGCAUCAGGGCAACCUCUUCAUUUCCGAAUGUGUGGUAGUAACAGUGGAGGGAAGAUGUCAUGUGUGGACUGCUCUAUCCCAACGUAUGACGUGACACCACCUGUCCUUCGGGUUCAGGCAAACUUUCAUAUCACCAGCAACCCAAACGUUAUUGAAGGUUCAUAUAGGGGCUUCGACGACUCUUCAGUAGCUGAUACCGAUGGUGAACUGGUGGCUAUUGGAAUCGGGAGGGGAAUCCAUGGAGACCAGGUGGCUAGGUGGACAAGGUUUUCAUCGGCCUCACAGAAAAAUGCGGGUCGGUCUGGCGACGAUCCAGCAACACUCAAAGCUACCCACCGAGAUGGCGAGGACUCGUUUACGGCACCAAUGCCUGGCCGGUUGAUGACCACUGUGACAAAGCGAUUGGCGCCGGUAAGCAGCCCAAAUGAUUGUGCCAAACAUUGCCUAGAAUACGCUCCACAGAGGUGUAUGAGCUUCAACUAUGUCCAUGGUUCUGGCGGGGCAUGUGAACUGCUGGAGGGAAUUCAGAGCAUUGACAAUCGACUGACAAAGUCCGAUAAAUACUACCACUUCGAACGACUUGGUAUCGGGUCAAUGAUGACCUUCAGCAGAAAAAACCUGGAACUCAAGGACAAUAACCUGUACUACAUCAACGUUCGCAUCACAAACAGACUGGGCUACCAAAGCAUGAUGGGAUCGAAAGCAAUCUUGACAGACUUUACAGUGCCAGUACCUGGACCACUUGGGAAUUAUAGUUCAAACGAUGAUGUGUUUGAACAUUUGAGUUGCAAUAAGCUGAUUUUGGGACACGAGGUUAAAUGGGGCCUAUACUGCCGUGGCCUGCAGAAUGGAAAGAAAAAUCGCAGGAGAGUUCUCGAUGGUCGCAAAGGAGCGAAAACAGUUUUCAAUGGUUUAGAGCCAAUGACUGAUCUCAUAUGCACACAAUCCAACCGCUACAUCUCCUCCAACUGGGAUGGGUUUUAUGACCCAGAUAGUGGCAUCCGUGGGUAUACCUUGGCCGCGGGAAGAAAGGUUUGUGAUGAAUCACUGAGGAACCAUCACGAUCCACAUAAUCACUUGUUCCAUGAAAGCGAAUGGACGCACAGCGAGUUAAUUGAUGUGGAUGAUAUGAAUCUACCUAAACUUGACGAUGGAUUUUACUAUUUGACGCUUACUGCCUUUAACAAGGUCGAUUACGGUGGCCCCCUUGCAGUCACCGUAUGCCACUCAACACCAUAUUGCAUUGACAACACAGAACCAUUAUUCAAGAAAAAGGGAAUCCACAACGUCCGAUAUGAUGAAGACACAUACCUGUUACAAGCAAAUCAUUCCGCUUACGAUCCUGAGUCAGGACUGAAAAAGGCAUUCGGCGGUCUCAGCCGGACUCAAAUCGGAGGAUGCGAUAUUCUAGAGUGGUCGAUGCUCUCUUCAGUGCACUACCUUGCUUUUAUUCACAAGCUGCCUAAUGGCGUGCCGGUUUGGGUCAAGGUACAGGUAUUCAACCAUGUUGACCUCUACGAAACUGGAGUGGCUGACUACCCAAUAACUGUGGAUGAUACUCCUCCAGUACCCGGCGAAGUCAAUGAUGGUGAAGUCCUAAAGAUCGACCAAAACUUUACCAAGUACGCUCACAAGAUAUGCGCCAAUUGGUUUGACUUCAGUGAUCCAGAUUCGGGCAUUGACAUGUUCGAGUUGUCGGUUGGUACAACAAAAUUAGGUGUUGAUGUUGUUAACCGUUUUCGCAUCAGCUCUCUGGAACACAAGGCCUGCAUUGACCUUGCACCAUUCAACAAAACAUUGAUCCAUGGAAAGAAGUAUUGUUUCACAGUCACUGCAUGGAACGGAGCAGUCAAUAAGAAAUAUGUUAAUGCAAGCUCUGAUUGUGUGUUAGUUGACCUGACAAAACCAGAGAAUGGAGACAUCAUAGAUGGGAACAUAAAAGGAUUCGUGGACCUGAAGAUCAGCUCCAUGCCUGCUAUGAUUGGCGGUCAGUUAAGGAACUUCCAUGACCCGGAAUCGGGAUUGAUUGACACUGCAAUCCAAGUUAAGAUUGCAUCAUCCUCGUCACCAACAAAGGAAUACAAAGUCGCCACUAGCUAUGUAUCGAUCAAAGGGAAAAGUUAUAGUUGGGCAACCUAUCAUCUGAAUCAUAAGGACUGGUUUAAAUCUACAAUACGGGUAACCAAUGGUGCAUACGCAGAUAACCAGAAGACAACUGAUGGCGUCCUUGUUGAUCUCACUCCGCCUUUUCUUGACUACAUUUUCGAUGGCAAGGUACCCAAAAAGGACAUAAACUUCCAGACCAUGGACAACGAGAUGACUGUCAAUUAUGAAUUCCAUGAUGACGAAUCUGGCAUCGCCCAUUACAAGGUUUUGGUCUAUGAGACUUACGAAAACACAGAGAGCUUUAUUGGUGAAUCCACUUACCUCCCGAGUACACAAACUGUCUACACCAAGAGCGGCCUAAACAUAAAGAACGGUGCUGUUCUGUACGGUGUAGUAGAAAGUGAAAACACCGCCGUCCCGGGUGUUUCUGCAGUCUUUCGCUCAUCUGGUGUCAAGGUGGACAAGUCACCGCCAGUGAUGCAACGUGUCUCGAUAGGGGUGACCUCUGCUGGCGAGCAUGAGGAGCGCCAUAACAACACUGUCAUCCAGUCUGAUAGGGCUGGUAUCACUGCGAGUUGGAUUGCCGUGGAUAGUGAAUCCGGUGUAGAAGAAUACGAAGUGUGUGUUGGAACGACAUCUGGCGGUUGUGAUGUUCUGAGCUGGAAAUCGGUUCGUAAAGCAGAAGAUGGUUACAUUGGAAACCUGAACCUGGAGUUGACCCAAACUUCUGGCAAAUAUUAUUAUGUAAGCGUAAGAGCAAGAAAUGGUGCUGAUUCGAUGUCAAGUCCAAUGACCGGGACACGGCUUGCUAUCCUAGAGGAGGACGUCACGGGUCACCUGAUAGAUGGGCCUGAUGGUACAGAUGCUGAUAACCAGGAAACGAUUGGUGCAGACUGGGACGUCACACUUGACGAACACAGUGUUACGAUGCAGUUUGAAGAUUUCAGGAGCCAAGAGUAUGGUAUUCAGCACAUUGAAUGGGCGAUUGGAACGACACCUAAUGGGGAAGAUGUUCAGCCGUUCAUGUCCGAGGGAGUCGUCCUGUCAGAUCGGAGUGACUCGUCUGUUGGGCAAGUAGGUUUUGGGAAAGCUUCCGCACCUGUGGACCUUGAGCGUGGAAUAAAGUACUUCAGCAGUGUGAGAGCUACCACCUAUGAAGGCAAUGUUUUACAGGCUUCCUCGAAUGGCUUCACAGUCGACCAAACACCUCCUGAGAUCACGAUUACGAACUUGGGUAUAGAAGACAAGAAAAAGGAACAUUUAACAGAAGGUCAUACAAUAUACCAACAGACCGACGCCAUUUUGUCUGCCUCGUGGCAUUACACAGAAGACAUCAGCGGCAUCGCCUUCGCUGAGAUGGCUGCUUCGACCAUUCCAGGUGAAUGGGAUAUCCAUCCUCUUACCAAUGUCGGAAAGAUCCGUGCAGAUAACAUCGGUUCUAUCCCAAAUGAAAAGUUCAACUCAACGAUAAAACCAAGGAAAGGAGGUGUGGCCAAUAUCCUAGAAAUCUAUGUCGGAAAUGACGUGGGUUUGAUGACGACAGUGACGUCAGCUGUCAUCCUUAUUGAUGAUACUCCUCCAACAUGCGGGACAGUGACAUGCCCACUGUACUCAAAGACGGGGGCGACUGGCGUAACAUGUUCAUGGUCGGGAUUCAUGGAUGAUGACAGUGGCAUAAGCUCCUUCCAGUUUGGUAUCGGAACAGCCCCGGGGAAAGACGAUGUUUACACUUUCAAAUCACUAACAGCCUUUGCAACGUCACACAUGGCUACAAACUUUAAAGUACCACUGAAAGCUAAAAACAAGUACUACGCCACCUUGAAGGCUAAGAAUAUGCUCGGCCUCGAGUGUGAGGAGAGUUCUGACGCCAUGAGUAUUGAUGACACUGCCCCCAUCGCCGGAGUGAUAGUAGAAACGACAGAUCUCUUCCUCGUGGACUUCAAGUCAAACAGCUUUGCACGAAAUGAGCAGCGAAACUUGCAGCAGUGUAAGUCUGUUGAAGAAUGCCAAUCAAUUGACGCAACCUGUCGGAACUCGCUACAUAGCAUUGGUGUUGCCUGGACCCCUUUCACAGACCCAGAGACUGGCAUAGCUAGCGUACAUCUUGCUGUGGGGACAAGCCCAGGAGGAGCGCAGAUUAGGCCUUACACCAAAGUGCCGAAAACAGAUAACAGCUAUCUGAUUACAGGGCUUAAUCUGCAAGGAAAAAAGAAGAUCUACGUCAGCAUCACGGCAUACAACGGAGCAGGCAUUUCAACAUCAGCCACUAGUAAUGGCGUUUAUCUAAGCUAUGUACCACAGGGUGCAAAGCCUCUACGGCCACUGUAUGUAUGGGAUGUAAAUAACCCACUGGAAGACAAAGACUUCCAAACUGACCUAGAGAUGCUGAGUGCCAGAUGGGAUUUCGGGGGUGACCCCUGCCCAGCCUUAGAUUAUGAAUGGCGAAUUGAACGUGCAGACGGGAAGGUGAUCCAGAACUUCACAUCAACUAAUGGUCAAACAUAUGGUAGCCACUAUGACCUGAAGUUGAAAGACGGCGAAGAGUACCAAAUUAAAGUGAAAUCGACCAAUGUUUUGGGUCUAAUGAACCGGAGGAAGUCUGAUGGUCUGACCAUCCGCAAGGAUCAGUUGCUGCCUGGAAGGGUUAAUGAUGGUGACCUUACUGGAUUUGACCUCAACUUCUUGGAAUCGUUGACCAAGGUGGACACAAACUGGCAUGAUUUCGGAAGGAGAAAAAUAAGCACUUCUGCUGGGGUUACUGUGAAAGAGCACCAGAAGGUCUCGUAUUACGAAGUGGCUUUAGGAACAGAUAGACGAUUUCCCCACACCAGAAACAACAUCCACGCAUAUCUUAACGUCGGCCGAAACAUAUCCACCGUUUUGAGACAUCUCAACCUAAAUAAGCAUGGAUUUUACUACUUCACUGUCCGAGCUCAUAGUGUCUCUACUGCCAUGGCCGAGGUUACUUCAAAUGGCUUCCGAGCUGGCUAUGAUGGCGGUGUAGAGGGUGGAGAGAUUGACAUGCCGGAAUACUGGGGCAGUUUGACCCACCUUCUCAUCAAAUGGAAGAACUUCCAGUCCAAGGUUGGGAUGCUGUUCUACCAUGUGGGCGUGGCGAAUACCGUAUUACCACAGAAUGUGACUUGUAAGCAGCUGAUUUUAAGCGAAACGACGGGCGGUAACUUGCAUGAAAAGUACUUCCCAGUGGUCCCAUUGAGGCAGGUGGGAGGUGAAACGAUGAUCGAACUAAAAAACACCAAUCUCACUCACAAAGGCAAAUACUUUAUCUACGUGGUUGGGACGGACGGCGCAGGGCUGUGUAUGAUGGUAUGGCACCAGUUCAUAGUGGAUGCAACGCCGCCAGAAGGAAAAGGAGAACUCAAGACAGGCCCAUACUGGAAUAUGGGCGUAACGUUCACUCAAUGGCCAGAUCAGAUCGCCGCGGAAUGGAGAGGAUACUCAGAUCCUGAUUCUGGGAUUGAAAGGUUUGAAAUCUCACUCUGGACUGCAUCAACCUGUAAUUCAGGGGAAACACUUCGUCCGGAAGUGGACUGGUUAAAACUGACCCCAAAUUAUGCAAAUUACAGCCUCAUUGAUCUGACACUCAUCGAAGGGAAGCCCUACUUUGUAAAACUGAGGACUUACAACAAGGCUGAAUUAUUCGUAGAGUCAGUUUCGAAAGCGAUAUUGGUUGACAUAACUGCUCCAGGCGCAGGAAAAGUUGUCCAUGGUCGUGAUUUCUCGAAGGAGACCAUUUGGCAGAAGGACACAACAGAAGUACAUGGUACAUUCCUUCACUGGCCAACGAAGAGCGGAACACCAUGCCCAGAUCGGUCAGUCGAUUUUGACUCUACCUGGAAAUGGUACGAUGGGGUCGGCCUUGGUGUUAAAAAAGGCGUCUACUGGGGAAUCAUGUACUCCAAAAAUGCGAAUAGGUACCAGGGGAAGAACAGCUAUGCAAGCACACUGACAAAGGUAGAGGCUGGAUACACGUAUCUCCAGUCAGGGGCCAUAUUUAGGAAUGCUGAUAUCGAUAAGGGAGGAGAUAUUUCCGUUACCAUUCGUGCUGCUGAUGGUGAUGGUUUAGCCACUACAAGUGUGCUUUUGUGGGAUGGUCCAGAUGAUGAACUGCAAGAACAAAACUGGCAUGAUGAACCCGACUGGACCCAGAGUGACGGCAUUUGCGAGUGUUGUUACAGUACACCUCUCCCAGAUGACUGCCCGUGUGAUUGUGAUGCAUACAAGAAAAUGAAGGCCGCCAAGGGACCCACUUCAUAUAAAUCAAAGUCAGUUGCGCUGAAGAAGGCUCCAACUGAAUUUACAAGAAAACGAGCAUGUGGAUUUCAACUCAUUGCUGGUAAAUCCCCACUUGCCGUGCUGUGGUGUAGCUCAUUUAAUGAGACUUCUAACACUCUAAAGGAAAAGCGUGAUCUGAAAUUCAACCCGGCUAAUGAGUCACAUACCUAUUUGCUAAAAGUAUUUUACCGCACCGAUGACCCAAAACAGCCUCAAUGGUGCUUCAAGGUCUAUGAAGCCUCAAGUAGCAGCCUUCUUGGUGAGAUAUGUGGAAUUGAAGAAUUUUCAUCCAACACGAAACUGGUAUUCAAUCUGUGGAACAGGAAUAACUUCAUUCCUAAGUCAAGAGACUGGACAGCAACUGCUUGGUUUAGCUAUGCGCGACUUCCACCUUCAAAGAAUCUCCUCUGCCGACACGGGAAGGUGUUCCGUGGCGGAACCUCGGCGAUCAUCAGCUACGAGGCGGGUAUUGGAACAGGCCCUCUGAAAACGGACGUUGCAUCUUAUAAAGUGAUUUCCAGGCCGUGUGUGCCAUGCAUCCACCCUUGCGAUAUCUACUCUUGCGACAAAUCCUGCCUGAGCAAUCAAGGCCAAAAUAUCAAGUUUAGUCUGACUGGGCUGUCUCUGCCGAUAACACCUAUCGUAACAAGUAGCAGCGAUCCUGCUGCAAUUGUCUACUUCUUGACAGUAAAAGCUGUCCUUGGAUCGGGUGCCAGUGUCGUCAGCUCCUCGAAGGGAUUCCAAAUAGACAAUACCCCAUGUGUAUUUGACAAUGACAUAAAUGUGACGUACAUUGACACACACCAGGGUCAGAAUAGACCAGUCAGCUACCAAUCAUCCAAUGAUACGCUCAAAGCUGUUUGGAGAGCCGUGGACAAUGACAGCAUGGUGGUGGGAUAUGAGUGGGGCAUUGGAAGAAAACCUGGUGACCUUGACAUGUUACCCAUGACAUCUGUAGGAAAGUACCCCGGCGGUAUCAAGACAGGUCUUGCCGGCAUUUUGCGUCAUAAUCACACAUAUUACGUCACAGUCAUUUGUAUCAAUGCCGCAGGAUUACAGGCGAAAUAUGUCGACGAAAAAGGCGUGACGGUGUUACUAGAGAAACCUAUCGUCAAAGACCAAAAGGUUUCAAUACCAGGGAAAACGGUAUCGGACGUCCCUAAAAAUUCCAAACAGUCAGAAGAUGGGACUACAGUUUCUCUUGGAUGGUCUAAACCCAGAGAUAAAAACAUCAAGCGAAUACAUUUAGGUAUCGGGACAAGUGUAUGUGUUGACGAAAAGCCAUGGGAUGACGACGUAUUUCCAUUUACUCUGGUCGGUAUAGCUGAGGCUGGUGUGAUCAAGAUAAAGGAUGGUGCAGUCUACCUCAAUGACAAGAAAUUAGCCGAUCUUUGCAAGUAUCUCAAACCAAAGAAGACAACAAACUAUACACAGGCGAUUACAAAAACGAAUUGCUUGUUCAACAUGGAGAUUGGCAGAACCAUAUUCAUGUGUAUGAAGCUCUGUAACCAGGCAGAUAUGUGUACAAUGAUGGAAUGUGGCUCGGUGACGUUUGUUAAAGAUGGCAAGUGUACUAUCUCAAGCUCCAAGAAUGGCAAAGCAAUCUCCGUGAAUAUCAUUAAGAGUUCAACAAAGAGAGCAGUUGACAGUGUGGCAGAGAUCCAGACGCCCGAUGGUUUACAACCAGGUCAAACAUUGAUUGUUGGCCCCCUCGACGGCAGUCAGGUCAACACAACUUAUGGGUCAGAUGCUUCCGUGGGGUUCAAGAAGUACAUCCAGGAUCCGAGUACCACAAAGACUCUGACUGAGCGGGUUUUGAAAGGAAGGAUUGUUUUGAUGACCGAGAACAGCUUCUUCGUCACUUCUGUCGGUCAUGUGGCGAUGCCAGGGCCCAUUGUGGUAUCCGUGGCUUACCUGGAGAAGCAAAAGACGGAAACUACCAGGCCAAUGCUACUUCACUGGGAUACCGGUAAGCUCUCCUGGCUGAGAAGCUCCAAGACCUGCACCUCCUACACUGGAACACAAGAAUCCUUUGACACACCUAAACUCAUCUUGAACACACUAGUCUGCCAGACUCAUUCCGUGACAGCUCCGUCGACCACACGCAGGAGGAGAGCGACCAGUGGUGGAUUCUUUGACAAAGAGACACAAUUUGUCCUGGCCGAGGUCAGCAAUACGCUGAUAAAUAAUCCACCAGUUGCUACAAAGGAACCGGUGCUUACCCUUGCAGAGGAUUCAAGCAUUUUAUCUCGCACUCUCACGGCCACAGACGAAGAUGGUGACAAGUUCGUGUUUGCCAUUGAUGGAAGCAAACCCAAGCCAACUGGAACAGUGACCAUUGCCCGUGACGGUAAACUAGAGUACUAUCCCUGUAUGGACUGUGUCGGCUUGGACACAGUGUAUUACACUGUGACAGAGAUUGACAUGGGUGAAAUCACACCACUGACUGCAACAGCAUCCCUUGUCAUCAAAGUGACUGAUAUCCCUGAUGGACCAGAACUCUUCCUGUCUAAGAAUGGUGCGGUCUUUUUUUCCAUGGCGUCAACUAUAAGUAAUAUCAACAUGGUGAAUGUGUCUGUAGAACAGUUCACGGGUUACAACUCUGCCUACCGUGACCUCGUGUUUCUUGCUGGAGCAUACGACAGAGAUAGUGAUAAUGUUUUGACCAUUUCGUCUAUUUAUCCUCUGAAUGGCAAGAUUACUCUCGGAAAAUCCAUCCGCACCAAACCGACGUUUCCAAGCACCUGCUCAGACCUGACGGAUGCUGCUCUGCCGUGUACUGGCCUCAACUUACCCCACAAAGAGUCAAGACUCUCCUGGGUCUUGGUACGAAUAACCUAUAAACCCAAUACCGGAUUCUACGGCAAGGAUAGCUUCGUGCUUAAGACCCUUGACAGCACGGGUCUGGAAUCUAACAAAGUGAUGGUUAACGUCUACAUACUGCAGAACCCCUGCAAGAAUUCUGGGACUUGUCAAGGUCUACAAGACGACUUGAAUUGUACUGACAGCCGCCGUGCCUUCGUCAAGUUUAAAGAUUUUUACAACUGUUCCUGUAGUGUGGGCUGGGAAGGUCCUACCUGCGCUGUUGACCACGAUGACUGUAUCAAUGUACCGUGUGCCUUCCCUUUCACUUGCGUUGACAAGCUCAAUGGAUUCGAGUGUGUAUGUCCUGCUGACUGGCCAAACUGUGAGACUGACCACCUAACCCUGCCAAUUGUGUUCAUUUUCUGCAUGCUUGCAGUGUUUGCUGCUUGCCUUGGUCUCGCAUUCUGGCUGUAUAAGAAAAGGAAAGCACACUAUGACAAGUAUAAGAGAGAUGGAAGCCUGGAAAGGCCCACACGUAUUUUGCCACCAUUCACCAAGGAAUCACACGAUGAGCAUAAUGAAACGAAAGAUGCCGAUACCGGAUGGUUUAUGAACAUGCCUGGUGUGAAAAAACACAUUUCUCGCAUGCGAAACUUCUGGACGAAGAAUAAGGUGUCGCAAUCAACCAAGGGAAAUGAGGUUGAUUUAACCCGAAGGCAUUCUAGCAUAGUUCCACCUGUCGGCAAACCGAAAGGACCAACAAACAGAAGCGAGGUCGAUAACGCUGAGAUAAUCAUCCUCGAAAGCGAGACAGUAGCACAGGAAUCGAAGCAACACUCUGGGCUCAAGAGAGCGUGGCCACGCAAAAAUAGCCAAAAGAAAGGACUCGAAGUGGCUUCGGGCGUUGCGUUCCAGAACCCGGCAUUCAUGCCAGAAGAUGAAGCAGUGCAACCCAUGCAGUCAAUUGACCCGAAGGAUCCUGCCUCGGUGUCAGCUUGCAAACCGAUAGCUGAUGCAAAGCCGGAGUCGACACCAACGUCUGGUUCCCUAAAGGAGAAGGAUGGAGACUUGCAGGGUGAGGAGGUGGAUGUGACUCCAGGCUCAAGGCAAACAUAUGGUUCCUCACUCCAGAUUAAGAAUGAUAAUGCGGCGUUUGACCCCGAUGACUUGCCUAACACGAUGCCGACCGGCGACGCGGAAUGCUAAUUUGAACAUCCACAAUGAUUAUAAAAGGCAAAGUGCGUCUCUUAGCUUUAUUGUUUACUUUUAGCCAGUUGAAAAUAAAAGAUAUAUUCUUGUUUUGCCAUAUACUGGAAAACCCACAGCGAUUAGACUUCGAAUUUGUAGGCCUAUAUUAUUGUAUGCAUAGUCAGGUAAAAUCACUGACCCGCAGAUGUACGUCGUGUGUUUUGCAGGGAAUGUGUCUAAGCAACUAUUCUUGUAACAUUAGAAAUGUUUGCAGUAUCUGUUAGAGAUCUGACCGAAACAGUUUGAAUUUAAGCCACAACCAUCUCAACACGGAAGAUGUCGUCAAAAUUGUAAUUUUCUGAAAUCGAGUGUCUUUUUUUCUUCACAUUAUGUCUGCCGUUGGUUCAAUAUAUACUUACUGCAAACAAAAUAUUAAAGUGUUUUUUUACUGUACAUUAAAUACAUUCAGUAUUAGGUUAGAUAGUUUAAAAUGUUAGUGAUAUGUUGAUGAAUUAAUUACUCCUGCUCCUGCUUAAUAGUAUUACUACGAAAAUCAUGUUUUGGAAUUGUCAAACGUAUUUUUGCUUUGUGAAGCAUUGUUGAUUAAAGGAUGACCAAAUUAAAUAUGUGCAUUGGUACUUUGCUUAAAUUCCUAUGCAUUGGUUGGGUAAGAUGCAUUCGCAAACUUGGAGUGAACGUGGCCCGCCGCCAGCACAUGCGCGGAAAGUUCGUAAUGCGAAUACUCUAAUUACGCCCAAAAAAUCCUAAGCGAAAUGUGUACAUACCAAUCAUAAAGUGUGACUAUAGUAGAGUCAAUUUAUGAAAAAUAAGGCCUAACCUCAAAAAAAUUGCAAGCAAACGUUUUAUGGUUGUUUAUUGU